AUGGCUGAGAUGACCACAGCCCCCCCCGAGACACACACUCUUGUGAAUGAAUAUGGGGACUACCACAACUGGACCGAGCUGUUCCACCUCCUGAACUACACCUACACUUUCUGCGAGUUCAGCCUGGAUGAGAACGUCAAGAGAGUGAUCCUCUUCAUCCUUUACCUGGUCAUCUUCGUGGUGGGCUUGGUGGAGAACCUCCUUGUCAUCUGGGUCAACUGGCAGACACGGGGCAACAAGAGCUUGGUCAACCUCUACAUCAUCAACAUGGCCAUUGCCGACCUCGGAGUGCUGCUCUCGCUGCCCAUCUGGAUGCUGGAGGUGAUGCUGGAUUACACCUGGCUCUGGGGCAGCUUCCUCUGCCGCUUCACACAUUACUUCUACUUUGCCAACAUGUACGCCAGCAUCUUCUUCCUCACCUGCCUGAGUGUGGAUCGCUAUGUGUCCCUGACCAGCUCCUCCCUUUUCUGGCGCAAGCACCAGCAUCGCGCCCGCCGCAUCAUCUGCGCCUGCAGUUGGGUCUUGGCAGCAGCAAUCCCCUUCCUGGAGGUCGCUCACAUGCAGCUGGUCAACACCGGAGAGCCCAUCUGCAUCUUCAUGGCUCCCUUCGAGACCUACGACGAGUGGGCGCUGGCAGUCAGCUUGGCCACCACUGUCAUUGGGUUCCUCAUCCCCUUCCCCAUCAUCACUGUUUUCAACAUCCUGACAGCCAGGUUCAUCAAGCGCAGCAAACCCGAGAGCAGGAAGCACUGUCUGCUCAUCUACGCCUAUAUCGUCGUGUUCCUCAUCAGCUGGUUGCCCUUCCACAUCAUGCUCACACUGCUCACCCUCGAUGGCAACCACAUCAUCCUCCACUGCACCUUUGCCCACUUCCUCUACUUCUUCUACGACAUCAUAGACUGCUUCACCUUGCUCCACUGCGUGAUUAACCCAAUCCUCUACAACUUCCUGAGCAAAAACUUCCGCAGCAAGCUCAUCUCCGCCGUGGUGAAGUACAUCCCCAAAGACCAAGGCAACCAGAAGGGCGCAGACAAUUCCUCCUCCACCACGCAGCACUCCAUAGUCAUCACAAAGGACAACAACCCUCCCAAUUAA